AUGACCUUGUUCCCCACCAAGUUUGAAAAUGGGAAGAUUGAGUACAAGAUAAGGUACAAGGGGAGAUCAAGACCAUUCUCUAGAGCCAAGGCCUUGGUCACUUCAGAGCAGUCCAGGGACCCAACCAAGCUAAAGGAGCUUCUGUCUCAAGUGACAAGAAGCCAGCUCGACCGACAGCUCGAUCGAGCUAGAAACAAGGUAACUCGAUCGAGUUCCACAACUCGACCAAGGGACUCAACUUUAAGAAGCAACAAGUUUAAGAUGUUGAGAGGUGAAGGAAGCAAGGCAGCUUUUACAAAGGAGGAGAUAAUGAGAGGAGCAAGGAGAAUGCUAAAGACACUAACCAAGGAAGAUGAGGAAGAGAUUGAGAGGUUGAGGGAAGAGAGAAGGACCAAGAGGAGGAAUGACCCCAUCAGCAGUGAGAGCGAAUUGGGAGAAUUCGAGAUUGGGGUGAACAUUGGAAGGGAGAAAGUGAUGACUCCUCAAAUGAAGAAGGGGAAGAGGUUAACAAGAGAUGAGGGAAGUAAGCAUGAGAGCAAUGAGAAUGUACCCAUGGAGGAGGCUGAGUCAGAGGAAGAGGAGGAUGAGCUCCCUAUGUACCAAGAGCACUACAAUGCUCUCUUCUCCAUGGACUUUGUGGAGACCAAGUACCCACAUGAUGACACAAUGAGGGCUCUUGGGAUCUUUGAGGAUGUGGAGCUAGUCCUCAAGAACAUGCGCUUGGCCAAGUUCUUCUCUCAUCGCAUGGAGUCAUACAAGGAGCUCACUUGUGAGUUUUUGGCAUCGAUGAGGUUUCACAAGUAUGAUGAGCUCGAUCGAGCUGAGUUGGACCAAGGCUGGGGAUGGAUAACAUUCUUGGCAAGAGGAGAAAGGAAGGUGAUCACCUUCAGGCAGCUGGAGAUCCUUUUUGGAUUCUCUUCUUUAAAAUCCAAGGCUGCUCAGAUAAGGAGUCAUGUGCUGAGAUAUGUGCACAAAGCCCUUGCCAACACCUUCUUUGCAAGGAAGGCCACUGGUACGAUCAAUGAAGGAGAAGUGAAGCUCCUUGACAUGGGGAUUAAGCCCAUCAUCUCACGCACAAAGGAUGGGAAGAAGAUCAGAGGAGAUAGAAUCCACGCAGGGAAUCUCAUGCCUCUCCUUGAGCAGCUACUCUCCUACAAGACAACCGCCUAUAGCACUCGAUUUCAACAAGGAAGAAAAAGAGAAGAGGGCUAA